AAAAUCCAUCAGGGAAGCUCACUAUAUAAAACGCCAGCCUCAGAGUCCAAACCCUAGCCGAGUCUCUCUCUCACUUCCCCUUGUUUCGUUCGGCAGCUGAUCCUCUGCAAUGGCCUUCGUCAAAGCUCAAAAGUCCAAGGCCUACUACAAGCGGUUUCAAGUCAAGUACAAGAGAAGGCGAGAGGGAAAGACUGAUUACCGAGCCAGAAUUAGGCUCAUUAACCAAGACAAAAACAAGUACAACACACCCAAGUAUCGGUUUGUUGUGAGAUUUACCAACAAGGAUAUUGUUGCCCAAAUUUUAUCUGCCAGCAUUGCUGGCGAUUUGGUUCUUGCUGCAGCCUAUGCCCAUGAGCUGCCAAGCUAUGGACUUGAAGUCGGCCUCACAAACUAUGCGGCAGCUUACUGCACUGGCCUUCUCUUGGCUCGUCGUGUCUUGAAGAAGCUUGAGAUGGAUGAUGAAUAUGAGGGCAAUGUUGAGGCUACCGGUGAGGACUAUUCUGUAGAGCCAGCUGAGAGCAGAAGGCCAUUCCGUGCUCUUCUUGAUGUUGGCUUGAUUAGGACAACCACUGGAAAUCGUGUGUUUGGUGCCUUGAAGGGUGCGUUGGAUGGUGGAUUGGAUAUCCCACACAGUGAGAAGAGAUUUGCUGGUUUCUCCAAGGAUAGCAAGCAGCUUGACCCUGAGGUGCAUCGCAAGUAUAUCUAUGGCGGUCAUGUUGCUGCAUACAUGAGGACUUUGAUGGAGGAUGAGCCUGAGAAAUAUCAGACUCACUUCAGUGACUAUAUCAAGAAAGGAAUUGAAGCAGAUAACAUUGAGGCCGUGUACAAGAAAGUUCAUGCUGCCAUCCGUGCUGAUCCUACAGCAAAGAAGAUUGAAAAGCAACCUCCCAAAGAACAUAAGAGGUACAACCUCAAGAAGCUUACAUAUGAGGAAAGGAAGAACAAGUUGAUUGAGCGAUUGAAUGCCUUUAACUCAGCUGCUCAAGACCACGAUGAUGAUGAGUGAAACUAUUAAUUGGGAUGCGAGAUCUAGUUUGUUUCCCCUUAGGACAUCUUUUUGAACUAUCGGGCAUAAUAUCUAUGUUCUCUUUAUAUAUUUUAGACGUUUGGAUAAUGUUCUUGUUUGGAGGUUCAAGCCAGAAAUCCGACUAAAGUUUUGACGAUGUUAUAUAAGUUUUCGUGUUGGCUUUGCUA